GUUAUUUUACACAUUGUGUUGUGUGAUUUGUCCGGAGUUAUCCCAGUGCUCGGAAAAGUUCAAAUAAAAAAAAAAAAAAAUCUAAAGCAGGGGAAUGGCUGAAGACAAGCGUCUUACAUGUGGAUUUUUUUCUCUCUCUCAAUGCAUUAAAAUAGCUACUGCUUUGUGCAGCUGUGAAAAUGACCGGAUGUUAUUUAUUAUAGUCGCUAAUUGAAUUAUUAUUAUUAUUAUCAUUAUUAUUAUUUUUAUCCAGACCAGACCGUGCAUGCUCUUCGUCGCGAUUUUGUGCGGCAUGAUUGUUGUAGGAAGUCUCGUGUGUGUGUGUGUGUGUGUGUGUGCGCGUUUUUUUUCCUGUCUUUUUUUUUUUCUCCCCCUCUUCGAGCCGGGCUAUUCAAACCUGCAGAUCUAAGUAAACAAUCAUUCGAGCUCUUAAUGCAAAUAAACGGAUGGCUUCUUUAAGGUGUCGCGCGACCCGUUUUAUUUUUUUAAGGAUUCAUUUCUGCGUGCAAAUUUGGGGGAUCUGCAGAAUAUGGCGUCUGGUUCCUUUAUAAAAAUAAAGACAGGCUGCCAUUUUUGUUUUCCUUUUGUCUGAAUUUUUUAAUAAAACUGUCUGAGAAUGUGGGAGAGGCGGCCCAGGCAGCGCGCGCAUCGCGCUUUUCCUCCAGCCUCAAAACCAGGGUUUGUUUGUUUUUUUUAUCCGCUUUUUUGCCUUUGCGUUUGAUUUACGUGUGUAUAUUUUGUAUUUAUAAAAAGAGGUGACAGUAAAACUUCCAGGAUGCCGAUAGAUUGAAAGGAGAAAAGUUAAGUAGCCCAAGUUGUGAUCACGGCUUUCAUCGGGGAUUUUAAGGCGACACUCGGAGACGCUUUAUUGUAUCAUGGCUGAGCCACGGUUUAAUAACCCAUACUUCUGGCCUCCGCCUCCUGCAAUGCCUGGUCAGCUGGACAACCUCGUUCUAAUUAACAAGAUCAAAGAGCAGUUGAUGGCUGAGAAAAUCAGACCUCCACACCUGCCCCCUACUUCAGUCCAAUCCCAGCAGCCUUUGCUGGUUCCCCCGACAUCUUCGGAAGGUGGGACGCACAGCAUGGCAGUGUCCAAGCUUCAGCAGAUGCCCGGGCUUCCUCAUAGUCCAACACAGCCUGACGUGGCCCUCCACGCCCGACCUGCGUCCAGCUCUGUCGCAGGACGCAUUCUCGGAGACGUGAACUUGAACCUGGAUGACAAGGCGGCCUUAAAAGCGAGAGGACUGUGGGAAGACUGGCAUUUACGACAGAUUAUAGACCAGCCGUCAAGAGUGAACCAUCUGUCAGGUAUAGCACUGUCGUCUCGUACCGGCAACCAGAACACGUCAGAGGCCGUGACCCUGGGCACGCCCACAUCCUCCAGCAGCAGCCACGCACGCCUGGGAUCAGCGCCUUCCGCAAACCUCCUCUCAGGGUUGGCCAGCGCCGUCGGGGCGGAGCCAAUCAAACACAGCGGUGGGCUAGUGGGACUGCUAGGACCACCCCCUAAAAGCGGAGGACGAGGCCGCAAGAAGAUCAAAGCGGAAAAUGCGUCCGGUCCUCUGCUGGUUGUACCUUACCCCAUCCUGGCUUCGGGAGCCGACCAGUCGUCUGUAACGAUCACGGCCAAAGAGGGCAAAACGUACAGGUGUAAAGUUUGUCCACUGACUUUCUUCUCCAAGUCAGACAUGCAGAUUCACUCCAAGUCUCACACUGAGGCCAAGCCCCACAAAUGUCCUCACUGCACCAAGUCGUUCGCCAACGCCUCCUACCUGGCGCAGCAUCUACGCAUCCACCUGGGGGUGAAGCCUUAUCACUGCUCGUACUGCGAGAAAUCCUUCCGCCAACUCUCACACCUACAGCAACACACCAGAAUCCACACAGGUGAUCGGCCGUAUAAAUGCAUCCAGCCGGGCUGCGAUAAAGCCUUCACACAGCUCUCCAAUCUGCAGUCUCACCAGAGGUCACAUAAUAAAGACAAGCCUUACAAGUGCUCCCACUGCUACCGCGCCUACUCCGACUCGGCCUCCCUGCAGAUUCACUUAGCCGCUCACGCCAUCAAAAAUGCCAAGGCAUACUGCUGCAGCAUGUGUGGCCGAGCCUACACCUCCGAGACCUAUCUGAUGAAGCACAUGUCUAAACACACAGUAGUGGAGCACCUCGUGACUCAGCACUCGCCACCCAGGAACGAGUCUCCCAGCAUCCCCAUCCGCAUCUCGCUCAUCUGAACCCAGUCCGUUUCCCCCCUCCCCCUUCAUCCUCUUCGGAUCAGCGCGUCCGUUCUUUCACUUAAUCAUUCCUUGGUUUCUGGGAAAUACGUGUUAGACUGCGUUAAUAACACAACACCUCGCGCUGAAGGAGUUGUCAUUUUAGUCAUUUUUAUUCGCAGUAUCGCUCGCUCUCUCUGUCUCUGCGUGGAGUUUUAGAGCGAGUUGGGCGAGGAAACAGUAGGGGCAUCCAAAGACAGUUUUUGCAGCACUUUGCGGCCUUGUGGCUAAAAAAACAAAACAACAAUAUUCAGUCUAAUUGUUGGACAGUAAAAAUGCUAUAGUUCUUGGCAGCUAAAUUUUUUUUUUUGGACAUUAGAUGUUAUGCAGUUAAAAAACUGUCUUGUUUACAUCCAGUGGUUAUAAACUCGUACGCUGAGACCUUUUAGAGCACGGACCAAGUCCAACAUUGUUUCCUGAAUCUUCUAUCUUCUGGUUUAGAUUGAAAGUCAUUCCUUUUUUUUUUUUUUUUUUUUUUUUUUUUAAAUACUUUUCGCGUUUAUUAUUAAGCUACACGCCUUUCAAAAGGUUGUAGGGUUAAAUGAAUAAAACGGCGUGCCAACGGCGUGCUGUUCUGUCGACUAUGUGGUGUACAUAAUCACGCACUCCCACUGCCGCCGGUGUAUAAAGUUAAAUAGUCACGACGUCAGAUUUCAGGCUCCGUGGCAGUCUGGGCCUUUCUACAGUACUGUGCAAAAGUCUCGGCUCGGCUCUUUAUCUGGACGCGAAAACACUACAGGACGAGUCCGUUUUUAUUUUCUCCUAUAACUGCAUGCUCCAGUGUGUUUUACUACGGGUGAUUAGAAUAUUUUUAUCCAUUUUAAUCUCGCGCAAGGGCUUCGAAAACAAGUUUUCACUUAGCAGUGGUAAGCCUCCGUUCCCUCCUCACCAGCGUCUCUUUGUCGUAGUUUUAUUUCGCCCGAUGUGGAACGGGAGCCAUGCAGCACCUUCUGACCAAUCAAAAUGGAGACUUUUAAAUAAACGUAAGCUCAAAAAUCAUUCUGUGUUCAUGAGACGGCUAGAAGAAUUUCUUUCUUUUCAAAGCCCUCAUAGCUGUAGUUGUACUAAUGAUUUUAUUUUUAAAAUAAUAAUAACUAAAAAUGUUACGUAUUACUAGAUGGUUAUUACAAACGAACACCGGAGGGCCUUGAAAAGAAGCUAAACCCACUUCAGGUUCACAAUUUUGUUCACAAAUUUGUCGCCGAAGCUCGACUUUAAAGUCGCAUCUUAAAACAUUUUAUAAGGGGGGAAAAAAAUAAAUCUGUCAAACCUGGCACUUUAAACAAAAAGGAAUGAUUUAAAAUCGUACACCCACCACCCCGUGAUGUAAAUAUCACUGAAGCUUUGUUAAAAUUUAUAGCAAAAACUAACUAUAAGACGACGUUAACGUAUGUUUCACAAACACUCGUAUACUUUAAAGAUCUUGUGUUUUUAAACCACAAAUAAAUCAUCUUUCCCAGAUAAAUAGCUUUAAACACAUUUUGCUCAGGUGGGCUAAAACUUUUGCACAGUACUCUACAGUUCACGUAACCGUGUCGUGUGUGUGUGUGUGUGUGUGUGUGUGUGUGUGUGUGUGUACAUAGGGAUAUGUUUAAAGUGCGUCUGGUUUCAUCCUCUUCCACGUAUCAUCAUCAUCAUCAUGUCUAAGUAUUAAUAAUUACCAUUGUUAUUUUCUAUACAGUCAAGCCUUAAAUAUUUUAUCAGUAAUUGUUUAUCUUAUCCACGUCUACCAUAUUGGUGUUCUCAUUGUACUCAGUACUGUAUGCCUUUUUUUUAUUUCCUAGCAUGAUUAUUCUGUAAAUAAACUAUAAAAUACUUAUGUGUUAACCCCUUUAUAUAUAUAUAUUAAAAAAAUCUAGUUAUUAUUACAAAAAAUUUUUCUUUCUUAAUUUGUCUUGCAUUGUGGUACUCCUGAAAAGUUUGUCUUGGCUGCUAUAAUAUAAUAUGCAAAGUCGAGACUUAGAAUGGACUUAUAAGAAAAAUAAAUCUGAAAAAUCCGCA